AUGGCCGCCGAAGCCCAAGUCGCUCUUCAAAUGAACCACAUCGACACAAUGCGCAACAUUUCUACUCGCUUGACCGACGCCAUUCUCGCUACCCAAGGUGCACCCGCUAUCGACGCUGAACUCGCUUUCCUCAAUGAUUUGUGGUCUCGCUUCAACACAACUCAUGAGAGACUUUUCGAGGAUAUACCAGAGAUCGUUGAAAACGAAUACCAUACUGGCAACGCAUUUGGUACCGCUAGUCAAGUCUACACGGAGCUUCUGGUGAGACUCACCGCUGCGAAACCCGCUCCAGAACCUGUUCAUGAUGCCCAUGCGGUCAAUCAUGAUCAAACCGCAUAUUUUGGAGGCGCGCACAAAACCAACUUACCCCAAAUCAAGUUACCAACUUUCCAGGGAACAUACGACGAAUGGGACUCAUUCAAGGACCCGUUCACCUCUCUGGUCAUCCAUGAAGACUCGCUUACUGGCGCGCAAAAAAUGCACUACCUGGAAACUCAGGUUAAAGGGGAAGCCGCUUCGUUAAUCGCCAACAUACAAGUCACGGAUGAUGCGUUCCAAUCGGCUUGGGAAUUAUUGAACACUUGCUACACAAACCCACGCAGAUUACUCGACAUGCAUGUCGAUGAAAUACUGUACCGACAACUGCUAACUGGCCACUCCGCUGCCGAACUUGACGCCUUGUUACUCGCUAAUAAGAAGUCGCUGGACGCCAUCGCUGCUCUGGGAGUACCAAUCAGCGAUUCUGAUCCAUUUUUGAUUCGCUUGACGGUACACUGUUUGCCAGAAGACCUUCGUGUGGAGUGGAUGGCCUCGCUAGGACUCUCUAACGAGUUCCUGACCUACAAGCAGCUGCACGACAUGCUGAAGGCAAAGGUACGUGCUUGGGAAAAUUCUGGCGUUGGCCUAAGAGCUCCCUCAGCUCAAUCAAAGGCAGGUACUGAAAGACCACCAGCACCAAAAACUUACUCUAGGUCUGCCGCUACUAGCAAGACAGGAGGCGCCACCAGUAGAUCCGCUCCUCCCUCCAAUGCAUCUACUUCACGAGGAGGCGCUAGUUACAACGCUUUCACUCCGAAAGAGAAGACGAGUGAACCAGGACUGUGUCCGAUAUGCAAGCAAAAACACUUUGUGUUGUUUUGCCCACGCUACCAAGAGGCGUCGCCACAAAACCGGAAGAUGAUGGUCUAUCACUACCGGCUUUGCUACAACUGCUUGGGACGCCACCGCUUUGCUGACUGCAAGACUAAGGACAGAUGUCAACACUGUCAGAAGCCGCAUCGCACGUCCACGCACAUUGAUGAGACUUCCGCUAAAUCGGUACAGGAACCUGCCGUACCGACUCAAGGAAGUACAUGUACUGCCCGUGUACUUAUUGAUCAAGGAUCGGAGUUAUCCUUUGUGACGCAUUCGCUAAUUAAGAAGUUGGAUAUACCGCUAAACAGGGCAGCUAUACCAUUACGAGGGAUUGGUAAUGUGUCAGCUGGACACUCACUUGGAUCAUGCCAGGUGUCGCUGCAUUCGCUACAUAGUUCCGCUUCUAUUACUAUCCAAGCUCAUGUGCUUGCUCUAUUGACGGUGAACUUGCCGUCAUUCACGCUAACCAACAAGAAAUGGCCGCACAUAAACGGUCUACAACUCGCUGAUCCAGACUUCUUAACAUCUCGACCUAUUGACAUCAUUCUGAGUGCAGCACCAGCUGCACACAUAAUCAACGCUAAAAUAAGGAAGGGUAAUAACAAUGCCCCAAUCGCUCAGUCAACGACGCUUGGCUGGAUCAUCUAUGGAUCUGUGGACACCGCUACAUCUAAAUUGACAGCUUAUGGUCAUCAUGUCACUGUUGAUGAUCAAUUACAAGACUUGCUGAGCAAGUUUUGGUACCAAGAAGAACCACAGACAGAAUUCGCUAUACACUACAAUGAAGAUGAAGAAAAGUGUGAACAACACUUUGUCAAUACACACUACAGACAGACUGAUGGUCGAUAUGUCGUUCGCUUGCCGCUUAAAUCCUCUUCAAGUCAACUGGGUGACUCGCUACGAGCUGCGCAAUACGCUUUACUACGUCUUCGCAAACGUCUGGAUAAUGAUCCGAUCUACAAGAAGUUAUACUACGACUUCUUGAAAGAAUAUGAAGACUUGGGGAACAUGAGACGCGUAAAAUUAAAGGAUUUACCACCAAACAGCUACAUGUUGCCUCAUCAUGGGGUUCUUAAAGAACAGAGCACCACCACCAAGCUCAGGGUGGUAUUCAAUGGAUCAUAG